UCUGCCUCCUAGUCUCCUCGCUUUCACGCCUGCGCCCAGAGUUACAAGAUGGCGGAGAGUGCGGAACUGAAGCAAAUGGUGAUGAGCCUUCGUGUUUCAGAGCUACAAGUGUUACUAGGCUACGCAGGACGCAACAAGCACGGCCGCAAACACGAACUGUUGACCAAAGCCUUGCACCUCCUUAAGGCCGGCUGCAGCCCCGCUGUCCAGAUGAAGGUGAAGGAGCUCUACAGACGCCGUUUCCCCACAAAGAUGGUGUCUCCGGUGGACCUAGCCCUGCCCAGUGUCCACUCCACCCUGUCCGGAGGCCUCACCUCGCUUGGGUUUGACAGCCACGGGUCCCCCUCGCCCCUCUCCCUGCUUGGGCCCAAACACGAGCUGGGCCUGCCCCACCUGCCCUCCUCCCUUCACCCCGUACACCCUGACGUCAAGCUGCAGAGACUGCCCUCCUCCCUGCACCCAUUACACCCUGACGUCAAGUUGCAGAGACUGCCCUUUUACGACAUGCUGGAUGAGCUCAUCAAACCCACCAGCCUGGCCUCAGACAACAGUCAGCGGUUUCAGGAGACGUGUUAUGCUUUUGCGUUGACACCUCAGCAGGUCCAGCAGAUCAGCAGCUCCAUGGACAUCUCUGGGACCAAGUGUGACUUUGCGGUCCAGGUUCAGUUAAGGUUUUGUUUAUCAGAGACGAGUUGUACCCAGGAGGAUCAUUUCCCGUCCAACCUGUGUGUUAAAGUCAACAGCAAGCCCUGCAACCUCCCGGGCUACCUUCCUCCAACCAAAAACGGAGUGGAACCCAAACGGCCGAGUCGCCCCAUCAACAUCACGUCACUGGUCAGACUGUCCACCACAGUACCCAACACUAUCGUGGUGUCAUGGACCUCUGAGAUAGGCAGGAGUUUCUCCAUGGCAGUUUACCUGGUCAGACAGCAGACAUCCACAACCCUGCUACAGAGACUACGGGCCAAAGGGAUCCGCAACCCAGACCACUCCAGAGCUCUCAUCAAAGAGAAGUUAACAGCUGACCCCGACAGUGAGAUCGCGACCACCAGUCUACGAGUCUCUCUACUCUGUCCGCUGGGGAAGAUGCGUCUGAUGAUCCCGUGCAGAGCGCUGACCUGUUCCCACCUGCAGUGUUUCGACGCGACGCUUUACAUCCAGAUGAAUGAGAAGAAACCCACCUGGGUGUGUCCUGUGUGUGAUCAGAAGGCCCCCUACCAACACCUCAUCAUCGACGGGUUGUUCAUGGAGAUCCUAAACAGCUGUGAGGACUGUGAUGAGAUCCAGUUUAAGGAGGACGGGAACUGGUAUCCCAUGAGGUCGAAGAAAGAGGUCACAGAGGUGUCUGCUUCGUUCAACGGGGAGGACGACUCGUGUCGGACAGUAGAAUCGGAGCACCACAGGACCAAUAAGGUGGUGGUGAUCGAUCUGACUCUGGACAGCUCUUCAGACGACGAUCUGGACCAUGAGCCUCCUCUCAAGAGGGCCUGUCCCUCCUCCUCGCUGUCCCCUGCCUCGCCGCCUGCCAGCAAGGGAGUGUUGAACCUCCACAGCCAGGUGUCUCCGGUGGCCAGAGCUCCCAGCAUGCCUCCUGUUGAGACCAGCUAUAUCCCUCCUCCUCCCCCCCUCAUACAGGACUACAGCCACUACUACCACACCCCCAACGACCUGGACCUCAACUUCUUCUCAUUCCUCCAGGGAGACAACCAUCAGCAUUACAACAUGGUGAUGGCGGCAGCAGCGGCGGCCUCAGCCUCAGAAGACCAUGACCUUCUCCUCAACCGCUUCCUGCCGUAUAGCUCCUCCCAGAUGUUCCUGGACCAACCAGGGACCCCCGGGGGCGGGAGCAGCGCCCUGCCAGCAGCCAAUGGGGGCAGCAACAGCGGGAGCAGCUCCAGUCUUGUUUCGUCUAAUAGUUUAAGAGAGAGGGAUGGCGACAGGGAUGGCGAGAGGGACAGCCAGUCGAGCAGGUCUGAUGCAGCGGCGGCAGUCAUAUAUGGCUCCAUACCAGACGUGAUCUCGUUAGACUGAAGGGAGGCGGGGGAUCGUUCACACAGAACGGAAAAACAACUUGAGGGAGAAAAUAGAAACGGAAGGGGACGAAUAAAGGAAAAAUAAAAAGUAGGAGAAAACAAUGCUAUGUACAGAGAGGAAAAAUAUAUAUUUUCAAUUUGACUUAUUAUAUAAUAAGCUCCCGAUGAUGAUGAUGAGUAACUUCAGGUGAUAUUUUUCUGUGGAUACUGAAGAUUUUCCCCCAGCCUCUUCCUUCACGUGCCCCCUGACCCCUGACCUUUUGUACUUCGUUUUUAUUGUUGUAUUUCAAUAUUACACGUCGACGGCAUUAUUUUUGUCUCAAAAACAUGUUUGGACUUGUGCUUCGGAGCGAGAAGAGGAAUCUGUCCGUUUGUUUCGUCAUCACUGUAGAUUUAUUUUUCCUUUUUUUUUUUUUUUUUAACGUUAAUUUCUUACUGUGGUCAAUAAUAUUGUAUUUAAUUAUUUUCAAGGUAUUAUUUAUUAAUAUGCUUUCAAGUUCUGUUGGAUCUGUGUGCUGUGUAAAAAGCAUUCCCUAUGCUCCAUGUUGUCGUUGCCACUAGGAUCACACAGGCUAGCCUGGGUACCAUUCUGUCUGCUGUCAUUCCACUCUUCGUCAUGCGUAACAAGGAGUGGAAGUGUAGCACAAGACAGACUGGUACCCAGGCUGGUUAUACAUCCACUACUGUGGUUUCUCUGGUUUGUGUGCUCCUCUCUCAUCUCUUUCAGUUAGCUGAGGAAACUGUUUUCACAUUAAAGAAAUAUUAGGAAAAAGUAUUGAAAUUGGCAUCAUAGUUACACACAGCAAAUUUACAUUAUGUGGGGGGGGGACAAAAUGGUUUCAAUCCAGUGUAUUACUAUGGUACCUUAUUAAAUGUAAGCACUAUUUUCACGCAGGGGGUAUCUUUUGACUCACUUUUUCACCAGGUCAUCUAAGGAAAACAAAAACCCAAGUAUAUUGAAGUUGUUUUGGAACAGAGAACAUACUAUAUGGCUUUUCACGCCUGCUAUCUCAGUCAGUCUCUCCUCUGUCUCCUCUCACUCACCAGAGUCCAGUAGCUCUAGAACCUGUGUCCUUGUGGUCUGAUUCAGAGCUGUCCGUGUGACUGUGCUAGAAUUCCUAGUGAAUGCCUGAUAGCUGGUCUGUGACAGCAGCCACACUAAAGGGCCGACCUGAACGGUACUGUGAUGGCUUGGGGAUUUUCUUUGGCUCUUUCCAGGAUUUUUUCCCCCAGCAACUUUUGUGGAUGUGGAGCCAGGCCAGCCCAGUACAGCUUGGCUCAGUUAGGCCCUAUAGUGUGGAAUGGGCCAGCCCAGUACAGCUUGGCUCAGUUAGGCCCUAUAGUGUGGAAUGGGCCAGCCCAGUACAGCUUGGCUCAGUUAGGCCCUAUAGUGUGGAAUGGGCCAUAGUGGUUUUGAUACCAUUAUUCUGUUCUGUUUCCUUCCUGUGUACACAGUUAGUAUUAUUUAUUAUUUCCUCUCUUAGUUUUGAUUGACUCAUGAAUAUGCAUUGCUAUUGUCCUAUGAUAUUUCUUUAGUAAUUCUAUGAUUCAUGAAUAUGCAUUGCUAUUGUCCUAUAUUUCUUUAGUAAUUCUAUGAUUCAUGAAUAUGCAUUGCUAUUGUCCUAUGAUAUUUCUUUAGUAAUUCUACGAUUCAUGAAUAUGCAUUGCUAUUGUCCUAUGAUAUUUCUUUAGUAAUUCUACGAUUCGUGCUAUUUAAGAGGUCAUUGUCGCUUGAUCUGCAUCGUUGUAACAAACCAAUUCUGUUUGAGUUUUUCUUCUUCUGUCUUGUUGUGCUAUUGAAUGACGUCAAUAUCACAACAGAGGUUUGGAGCAUUUUGAUGGUCUCUGGCCUCUACUGUGUCGUUUGAUAAUUGUAUGAAUUAAACAGGUAGAUACAGCAAGACGACAGACAAGUAAUGGUUUGCUCUGGCCUCUGCAAGAAAUAGAGCUAGUCAAUAAAUCACUGUGUAUUGAGCGGUUGAA